UGAGAAGUCAGCAGUAGUGUAUCUGCACAUGGGAAGCAGUCCAGGGAUAGAGACAGGAGCAGAGGUGACAGGAGAGAAAAGGGGAAAAGGUGGGGGGAGGCACAGACACCCUACACUGUGCUAAAAACAAGCAGCUUCAUCAUCACGGAUCUUCUUUGGAAUUUUAUUUCUCAACUUGUUAACUCCCCUGAUAGAAAAUGCCCGUGGGACCUCCGUGGGAAGGAGAGUUAUUCCCCUGUAUACGUCAGUCAUGGCUCAUGGCGACCCUGGGUGCGUUACUUGUCCAUACCUGCUUCUCAUUAGAAGUCAUUGUAGGGAAAAAUAAUCAGAUGAAAGUUCAGAACGGAACAGAUAUCUACCUGCCUUGCACAUUUGCCACCUGCAUUGGUUUUGAGGAUGUUACCUUCUUUUGGGAAUACAGGACAUUCAAUCUGUCAUCAAAGCCAGAAUUACUUUACCAUGGGAAGCUGAAGAACAAGAAAUCCCUGCCGAAACCUAUAGAAAUUCAAAAUAAAAAUUACCGGCAUGAUCGAAUAACGCUAGUUCCUAGCAAUGACACCAAGGAUUAUAGUUUGAAAUUACUCCUGAAGGAGGUGGAGUUUGAAGAUGCCGGACGCUACACCUGUAUUGUGUCAAAUAAAAAGGAAAAAGACACUAAAAGCAACGCCACCAUCUACCUUACAGUGGUGGACAAGUUUGAGGUCGUGGAUAACACGUUGACUCUGAUUAUCGUGGCUGUUGUUGGUGGUGUCACCGGCCUUCUUAUAUUAAUCCUUAUCAUAAAGAAGACAGUCGGCUUCAUUAUGAAGAAGAAUCGUGACCAAAAGAAAGACUGUCUCGUUACCUCUUCGGUCAAUGACAACACAGAUAAUGCCUCAAAGCAAGAAGCCAAAGCUAAGACAAAAGCAUGAUGUUUGCUCCAUGGACAAGGACAGAAAGGACUUCAGUAGAUGGACUGCGGAGCUUAGAGCCCCGGUAUUGCAGAAAUUUAAGCAGAGAGCACCUGGUGGAAUGAGGUUGAUCACUUUAUCGGCUACACACCUUAUUAUCUUGCACUGCGCAGUAAUUAUGUUACCUCCUCCUGGGCCUUAAUUUAGGUGUCUAUGACACCAUGUAGUUCAUCACAGUGAAUAUGUUUCUGUUCAGAAGAACAGGGUCCCCAGAUCUUCCCAAGCAGGUGUUUUUGGAGGAGAUAUUUUUUUUUCUAUGCAUGGAGUGGGGGCUGACAACAUAGAAUCACUGCCAUUGACUGUCAGUGGAUGCAUAUAUAUAUAUAUAUAUAUAGUUUAUUUGUAUAAAAUUAUAGUACACAUCUAGAUGCACAAAUUUCAUGUAUAAAGAAAUACUUGAUGUUUUUAAACUGCAUUUACAGCUGAGGAUUUCUGCUUGCAGCACAGUGUGCCUUCUCCCUGCUCCUCUGCUUACCCUGCAAUAUGUCCUGACUCCUCUGAGUUAUUUCUGUACAUAAUGAAAAGUUCUCUUCCGGAUCACCACGGCCUCUAUAUAUACUGGCACCGCAUAACAGGACUGCCAGUCUCCACUGCAGUUGCUGCCUGGGCAUUGUUCCUGCUUUCUGGAUGAAUGUAAUAAAAUGUAUU